UGACGUAAAUGAACUACAACAACAACAACCCAUAAGUUCAAAUUUACCAAAUUCGCAGACUCAAAUUUUUCGCAUGUAAUGUGAAUAACUUUUACAGUGAAAAUAGCUCUUAACUAUCCUCCUAAUCAGCGAUCAACUAUUUCGAUUUUAAGUUUAUAGCUUACAUAUAUUAAAUUUGCUGUGUACUGGCCAUUGAUUUGUUUGAGAAAUACUAGUUGCCAUGGUAACUUAAUGUCUCUCAUAUAUACAAUAAAGAAUUUCAAUGUUAAAUAAUCAUUUAAACAUAAAGUCUUAUUGAUGUUCAAAAAUUCAUAUCACUUGUAGUACUUCAGAUGUGCUGUGGGAAGUAUAGAUAUUUAUUUUUAUUUUGCAUUCAUGUUUUUAUAUGAAAAUGUUGGUGUUAAUCAGAAAGCAAUUAAGCAUGCGCAUUAGCGUUGUAGGUGCGGUGCUUGUUUACAAUUCCUAAAGUUUCGUUUUCUGUGGUGUUACUGUAAAGAUGGUUUGAAUUUAAAAUGUCAGAAUUAAAAAUUCAAGCUCCUCUAGCUAGGAUUGAAGACUGGGCUGAAUUCAAUGAUUACUCUGGAGAUUUUGAAAACUCAAAUAAAGAUUCGUUUUCAAGUCCUGAAGCGAAUGAAAAUUCAUUUGUGGACAGCAGCUUUAGUGAUGCAUUUUCUACAUCAUUAGAAGACUUGGUGAACACAUUUGAUGAUAAAAUCACAAAAUGUCUACAUAAUUAUGAAGAAAAUGUUGAAAAAUUAGCUCCAGUGCAAGUGCGCAAUCAAGAUGAAGUUAUGAAUGAAUGCCAAAUAUGGUGGACUCUAACUGGAAAUUUUGGGAGUAUUUUGCCUAUAGAUUGGACAAAGUCCUGUGCCAAAGGGAUGCAACAUUCUUUUAUCAAUCUAAAUCAUAAUACAGACAGCGAAUCUAAAAAUGAUGAAUCUCCUAAAGAUAUGGAAAUGCGGGCAUUUUUAAUAAAAAAUUUACAACAAGAGCCUCUAUUUACAGCUGAACAAGUAUUAGAAGAGAUUGAAGAAAUGAUUCAACAACAAAGGUCACCAUCACUCAACUCUUCUGAACCUCUAGAUAAAUCUCCUGAUGAUAUGAAAAGUAAAGUCUCAAUGUAUGUUGGAAUGUACAAAGAUGAAGUGAAAAAAUUCAAUCUGAUACAACUUCAGAAUCUACUGUGGGAGAUUGAGAAAUUGAUUAAAGACCAUUCUGAAACUUUAAUUCAUGAACUGGCUUUGAGAGAUGAAUUGGAGUUUGAAAAGGAGUUAAAAAAUAAUUUUAUUUCAUUAGUCCUUAGUAUCCAGAACAAACGACGCCAAUACUCUUUGGAUAAAAAGAAAAUAAUUAAAAAUGGUUCGAUAAUUGGUACAGAACCCAAAUAUCUUAGCACUGUUAUUCCUUAUGACCCUCAACAUGGGACACCAGAUAACCUAACUCUAGAAAUUUUGAUAAAAAUUUUACAAGCAAUCAAUGAAGAUAGCCCAACUGUUCCCACUCUACUGACUGAUUAUAUUCUGAGAGUCUUUUGUCCUACAUAAAAACUCUCUGGAAGAUUUGAUACAGAGUUUGAAUAUAAGUGAUGUUGCUGACAGUUGUUGAAUUUCCUCGCAAGCUUUUAUUUUAGUCUAUUGUUAUUAAGUUGCUUAUUUUGUGAAGCAUAGUCAUAGUUUAUUUUGAAUGUGCUUCUGUAUUUUGUUAUUUGUUUUUGAUGCUCUGUUAAAGCUUAUUUAUAAGUAUUUAUUUACAAUUUUAAGACUAUUUGCCUAUUUUGGCAUGUAUCACUAGUGCAAUUUAUUAAAUUUUACUUUUGCUUGUUGGAAAAAUAUGUUCCAUUGAAAGUGUACAAAUAUAUUAAUAAUCAAAAAUUUCUCUUCUCCUUACGUGCAAAUAUUUUAAAUAUAAUAAGAAUCUAAGAUAUGAAAUUGUUAUGCAUCUAUCUUAAAUAAUUUCAAUUUUCAUGUACAGUUUUCAAUGCUCAGUUAUAUAUUCUUUGUGAAGUUGCGAUGUUUGAAUAAUCUAUGAAGAAAAUGUUUUUGCUAUGGAAAUCUUCCCUGACAAUAUUUAAAUGAAUGUUAGUGAAAAUGUAUUAUAUAAAUUUUUUUUAAAGUUUUACAACCUUCCUUUCAAGAAGGGUUUAGGUAUUUAAAUAUUUUAUAAAUUGUAAUUACAGAAUAUAAUUACUAUAACUUAUCAUAAACUUGUGUCUCAAUUAAUCAGGACUUAAAAUCUAUUAAUUUUGUUAUUAAAAUUAACGUUUUUUACAUAAUUUUUUUGUAUAAUUUUAAACUUUUAAAAUUACUUUAACAGAAUUAUGUCUAUGACUACUGAAGUGCAUGUCAUUGAGGUAUGUUUACUAAGUGUUAAUACCAUACAGUUUCCUAGCACUGCUGCAAGUAUCAACAAUUCUCAAACUUCAAAUUAAAUUUUAUUACUCAAUUUCCUCUUGAAUAUCGACAAGAAUGCAAAUUACAGUACAGAACCCGUUAUCCGGAAAUCAGAAAACCGGAAAAUCAAAAAACCUGAACGAAAUUCGAUAAAUUUUUCCGCCAUUUAAAAAAAAAAAAUUUUUUUC